AUGGACGCUUCGUCAGUUUACCUUCUAGAGAAGAUUCACAGACAGCAAGCCCAGAAUGCUUUGUUUGCUGAUCCUAGAAAUACCUAUUUGGUCUUGGCAGAAAGAGAAGCUUAUUUGGAUUAUAGAAGGCAAGAGAAAAUUUUUGAGAGUUUUCUUCGUCAAAAGAGUAAAAUCACUUGGCUUCGCUUUGAGGAUGACAAUACAACUUAUUUUCAUGCUAGUUUGAAGAAAAGGAAGAUGACCAAUCGCAUAGUUUCUUAUAUUUUAGAUGAUGGUUCUAUUGUCAAUGAUUACGAGAAGGUAACUCACCAUUUCCUUCAUCAUUUUCAGAGCUUCAUGGGCUGUGUGAGCAGAGCUAAUGGUCAUAUUGAUAUGCAAAGUAUCACUUGUGGUCCGAUUUUAGAUCUUGAUUCCCAAAUGGAUCUAAUUAAACCUUUCACUUUUCAUGAUGUUAAAGUGGCCCUCUUUAGCAUUCAUCCAGUUAAAAGUCCUAGUCCUGAUGGGUAUGGGGCUAGUUUUUUCAAUGAUAUGUGGAAAGAAAUUGGCAGGGAGGUUUCACUGGCUGUCCUUAAGUUUUUUGAGACGGGUUUAAUUCCCGAAAGUUUAAAUGAUACUCUUUUGGUGCUGAUUCUGAUGGUGGAUCAGCCUUUUAACACUGUUGAUUUUAGACCAAUAACUUGUUGUACUACCAUCUAUAAAUGCAUUUCUAAGAUGCUUUGUAGUAGGCUUGCUUCAGUUCUUCCUUCUUUGAUUAAUCCUAAUCAAGGUGCGUUUAUUAAGCAUAGAUCUCUUGCCUACAAUGUUCUAAUAUUUCAAGAUUUGAUUAAGGGGUACAAUAGGAAAAAUAGCUCUCCUAGAUUCCAAGGGCAGUUUAAGGGUGGUAAAGGGCUUAGGAAAGGAGAUCCUAUCUCUCCUUUGCUCUUUGUCAUUGUAAUGGAUUACCUUACUCGAAUGUUAAUGAAAGCCUCCAAAGAUAAAGGUUUCAGAUUUUAUCCUAUGUGCAAAUCUCUCAACCUUGUUAAUCUUUGCUUUGCGGAUGAUUUGCUUAUUUUUUGCAAGGCUAAUUCUCAAUCUGUGCAAAUUUUUCAUAAAGCGCUAGCUGAGUUCAACUUGGCUUCAGGCCUGUCUAUCAACCAUAGUAAAUCUCGUAUUUACUUUGGUGGGCUGUCCGAUUCUGCUAAGAUAAACUAUUGGAUGAAUAUUUUUAUGUUGCCUCAAGAUGUGGUUAGAGAUAUUGAUCGUUUGUGUAGAAAUUACUUGUGGGGUGAGAAGGGAUCCCGCAGCAAAUUUCACCUGGCUUCUUGUGAAUUUGUCUAUCGUCCAAAAGCUUAUGGAGGUCUGGGUUUUCAAGAAAGGCCUGUUUGGAAUAAGGUUUUGAUUGCAAAGUUUCUCAGGGCUAUUUAUUAUAAACAAGUCCAAUUGUGGGUGAAAUGGGUGAACACCAUAUACUUAAAAGGAGUGCCAAUCAGGGACUAUACUUUGAAACAAGAUGAUAGCUGGUAUUGGAGGAAAUUGAUCAAGAUGAGUCAUUUUGUGUCAGGGCCAGCUUUGGCAGCUACUGUAGUGCACAGUCAUCUAAGGUUGGGUAAGCUGUAUACUCAAUUUAUUUCUGGUGCGAAGAUUGAUUAUGGGCCUUCAGUUUGGUGUAAACUUUCAGUUCCUAAGCACCGUUUUGUUCUGUGGCAAGCUGUCAAUAACCACUUACUCACUAGAGAUUUACUCCAUAUUUCUCAUGUGAACAUUCCUUCUUUGACCUGCCCUGUUUGCACUCAGGUUAAUGAAUCUCAUUCGCACCUCUUUUUUUGA